GGUUCACCGUACAUUUAUUGCACGAGAAUUUCGUUUUCUUUCCUUUCGAUCGUGGUGACUUGAGUGAAUCAAAAGUUCCGCCAUCCAUCCUCAUGAUGACCAAAGUUACGUUGAACUUGAACCUCCGGCUGGUUUUGCUUUCGUUGUUUUUCAUCCUCGGUGCCAAGACGGCCGCUGCCUCGAUGAUCGGAGCCCAGUUUUAUGACGCGGGACCUCAUUUCAGUGAUUUGGUGAAGUUGCGAGACAAGGCUUUGUUCGUGGAUAAAUCCUUACUGAUUGAGCACAUUUUAACUAGUCACGAGCACAUCGUCAUUGAAGCCCCAGGAGGAUUCGGAAAAACGACGAAUCUCCGCAUGCUCAAGGAAUUCUUUGAAUUGGAGGUUGACAUUGAUGGCAAGGCAGUUGAAGAUGUGAACAGUACGACAAAUUUUGCCACCUUUGCGACACCACCGUUGGAAAUAAUAGCAAAAUAUCCUCAAAUUUUCAGAGAUUAUUUCGCUCAAUCUCCAGUCAUUUAUGUGAACAUGGGAUCUGUUUCCAUUACCCAUUUUGAUGAGUCGUUUCGUCGUAUGGUGACUGAAUUAUUUUUGAGACACGACUACUUGGAGCGAAGUCCGAGGCUGUCGGGGACGUUGAAGGACGACUUUGAGCUGUACCGAGACAAGUGUCCAGAAUUGAGCUUGAGUGAGGUGGUGCUUGGAGGCGAAAAACUGUCGGUGCUCUUACGGGGGCACCACCAGAAGAACAUCAUCGUCCUCAUCGACAACUAUGAUGCUCCUUUGCGCGAAGCCCUCCUAGCUCAGGCGUCCGCCCUCGACAUGAAGAACUUCGAUCACGUCUACGAGAACGUCGUGCUCUUUAUUGCCCGGCUUGUCCAGGGUAACUCCAACGUCGCCAGAUCCGUAUUGACGGGAAGGAUGCGGGUAAUUGCCAGUCACAAGGGAGAACCAGAUAAUCUCGUUCAUCUAUCCAUCUUCGACCAUGAGCAACUUUGGAGGUAUUACGGCUUAACCAAGAAGGACAUUAAUACAUUGGGAGACCAAUUAUUCCGCGAGACCAAAUGGGAACUGAACUACACAGACGUGAAUGCUUGGUACGGCGGCUACAAGACCAUCCUCCCGGAACAAAAACUCCACAACACUUUCUCGACGACAAUGUAUCUCAAAACACACCAGUUAAAGCGACAUCGAAUCCACGCGGAAGAGCUACGGAGCAACCUUUCAAACCUCCUCCCCUACGAGAGACUCGGCAAGACCCUAGAGGAAGCCUUCGACGAACAAACCAGAAUCUCCCGCGUGAAACUGAUUCAGCGUGAUCUGAAAGAACUUCGGGCAAUGAUCUCUGAUCCGAACCACAAGCUCAAUCGGGAUCUCGCGCUCCAAUAUCUAGUUGAAAUCGGGUUGUUCUCGCUUGAUGGCGACCGGUUAACCGUCCCGAACCUGGAGGCCGAUGCGGACCUAAAGGCACUUUUGCUAACAUGCGAUUAUUUCAAAUCCAAGUUCCGGAUCCAGGACCUGCAAGUUAACGACUAUAUCGAGACUUUAGACAGGCUGGGAAAUCGGGGACAGACGUACGAGGAUCUAGCCGGCGCGGUUUUGCAGCUUUUUGAAUUCCAACUGCCUGCUAGUUCCCGAGAGCUCUUGCACGCAUUGGUCUAUCUCGCAGCCGAUACGAAGUUCCCGCAGGUCUUUAGUGAGGAGGCCAUCGAUAGAAAGAGGCGGGACUUUUUCGUGCAGAGGUACGAUUCAACAGGAAUUCUGGUAGGUGUCGAGUGCGGAAAUGGGACGGCUUAUGAUGCGCUUAAACAGCUUGUGGACUGCAAGAGGUAUGAAAUAUUCCGGCAGAGGAAGCUGAGCACUGGCAUCCUAGUCGGAUUGGCUAUCAACGAACGCCCGGAGUGCACGCUGGCCUACUUGCACGAUAAUGGCACCUACUCCUACAAUCUGGCUGGGCACAGGAAUGCCGUUUGGGCACGUCUCAAAACCACAACAGCAAACAUAAAGACAUCAAAAACAUAAUAGUUCGACUGAAAAGAUCUGAACUAGACUGGGGCUUCAUUUUACGAAUUUAAAAUGAAGAAAUAAAUAAGUAAAUAAAUUACACCGUGAAGGGAUGCAAAAGAAAGGAUCCUAAAGCAUGACGAAACCACCACCAGCACUGGUGAUGCUCGUUCGAACAACAUUUUGCAAUGAAGUGCCACUGGUUUUUACUCAUUUCGGAAACAACAUAUGUGCCAUUGGUUUCACUCUGCAAAAAGGUGUUCUUAUGGAUGAGCCAGAAAAAGUGGUUCCCCAUUGUCCAAUCGCAUCUGUUUUACAGGUCUAGUUUUCAUUCGAAUACGUACCAUCACAAACAGUUCUGAGUAUGGACUGAGUAGAGAUGUAUUCCGGUAUGAGUCAGUUUCCCAGGAGUUCAUGGAGCUGUUAUUUUUGAAAAAAGAUUCGUAUGACAUAAUUUAGCAUUGGUAACAUACGUCAAGUAGGGACGCAUCUACAAAAUUAGAAUAUGACGAGUUGGAAGGGAAGCUAAAGCUAAAUCUGCUGAAACAAGGAUCUAGAUGCAUCAGCGGAAACCACUCAAGGCCCAAGUAAAUAAGAAAACCACCUCUGAAAUUUUAUCGCUCUUAUAGAUAGGCACAUCUGUUUCGCUAAAUUCAAUAUGAGUAUGAGUCGCAUGACGAUGAGCCGCCCGCUAGAAACGCGCGUCUGCCCAAUAAUACUUAAUUACUCUGCAAGUGAGUGAAAUUUGUUUUAACGUUUUAAUUACCUACUUGACAGUCUGCGCAGAAAAGCUCCCUCAACUCAAAAUUUAAAAAAUUUAAUCUGUUUUAAUGCAAAAAAGUCUAACUGGAAACCAGUUUUAUGUCACAUAUUUCGGGUUGCGACGCGACGGCGAAAACUUCUGCGGUCACAUCUAAUAGUGAGUCACAAAUAUUUUUUCCUUGAAUAUUUAUAUUUCCAGAAUGAGAAUGCAAUUGAAACUACCCGAAGAAUUCGAAGGAAUAAUCCGCAAAAUUUCAAGAAAAUUCGUAUUUCAUCCAAAGAAAUUUGGCGAUAUCUAAAUUUUUACGCUAUGUUUUUUCUCAGCAGAAUUGCCGUGCUAAAGAAGAACGUCUAUGGUCACCCGAGUGCUGCCAAACUUCCCCUGAUAAAAUAAGAAUUUUCUGGAAUACAUGUAAAUUUUUCCAUUAAUUUUUCAGAGAUUUCAAACUGUAUUUAUUUACAGCGCUCUUCAAACUUUGAAAAAAAUCCUCGUGACUUUUCUGAAAAAUUGAUAUUUUAUCAAAUGUUUAAAUUAUUUUAGUAGCAAAAGUUGGUACCAUUUAUCGACAGCAACAUCUGUAGGCUAUGAAACACUUGGGUUUUAUUUUCUAUUUUUCUGAAUAUUUAUAAAAAUGACUUUUCAGUAUUAUAAACAUUUAACACGUUAAAA